CUCAUGCUAGCAAUGGAUCGGCUCGGCAUCGGAGGAUGCAAAAUUCCUACCAGCUGUUGCUGGUCAUGCAUCGGCUCUGGCUCCGUGUGUCGAAUUCGGGAUCUUCUGGUCGAAUCCAACCAGCAUUUGUUUGCUUGGAAUCGGUCGAGUCCAGACAGAUCUUGUUGGCCAUGGAUUGGCUAGGCAUAUACUUUGAACAGUCGAGUGCAAAGAGCUCUUGCUGGCUAUGGAUCGGCACGGGCUCCAUGUGCAUCAAUUUUGCAUCGAAUUCGGAAUCUUCUGGUCAAAUCCAAUCAGCAUUU